UCCAGACCACUAGAGAACGCUGAAACGAUCACCUCCCAUCAACUCAACAGCCAGUGUUUCAACAUGGCCACCUGCGCAAUGCUAAGAUCUGGGUUAGGGUUCCUUCAGUCAACAUUAAUGGUCACAAAACAGGCAUGCAAAAGUUCACUUGGAGUAGUGGAGCAGGUCAGAGGGUAUUAUGUUGACUGGAGAAUGCUACGGGAUGUGAAGAGAAGGCAAAUGGCCUACGAGUUUGCAGACACAAGAUUACGCAUCAAUGCCAUCAGAAAAAACACUCUUUUACCUAAAGAGUUGCAGGAGGUAGCUGAUAAAGAAAUUGCUGCCUUGCCCCGAGACAGUUGCCCAGUACGCAUCCGCAACAGGUGUGUGAUGACAUCACGGCCGCGGGGACUGAAACGCAGGUGGCGUGUGAGCCGUAUUGUCUUUAGACACCUAGCAGACCACAACCAGAUGUCUGGGAUACAGAGGGCUAUGUGGUGAAAACAUCACAUUAGGCAGAUUUAAUACCAUUUAGUGUUUGGGACUGUAAGGGUCUAUAUAGAACAGGCUGGAGCCAGUAUGUUCAACUGCAUCAUCACAGCACUGAAAGUCUGAGCUCCAUCAUUAUUUUGUUUUGUAUACUUAAGAUGCUGUUUUAUUUUUCAGCCAAAAUGAGGACAUCAUCCCACAACGUUGAUCUUACCGAAAGCAAAUGUGGUGAAUGUUAUGUUGUUUUCAGUAUAAUAAAGGUUGCGCACUAUUA